UAGUUAGAUGUAACUUGACAAAAUCACACUUUUGGAUUUCGGACGAUUUGCAUUGGGAGGUUAUGCUUUUCAUGUGCACUCGCUGUCUGGGAACAGAUCAGGUGAAAAAGUUAUGCAGACGUGACAGAUGUCUCUACUGCAGCCCAGGUGGCAGGAGAGAGGGAGGGAGAUCGAACAGCCAUCCAAUCAGAAUUUGAUUAAAAAGAAGAGUGAACAGAGUGCCAUUGCCAGUCCCUGGGUGAAACAAAAGCUACAGAAGCAUAUUUUGAGUAGGCCUAGGCUGGACCAAGCUACAGUUACACCUGAAAGUUACCUCAGAGAGCCAAGUCAGGAUCCACACCAUUCCCUAUGUACCUGUAAUAUACCUUCCAAUAACAUACCUGAUUCUUACAAUUUUGGGGAGGACAAUCGAUUACAAAGAACAGUAAGAGCAGUCUCAGAGCCAGAUCAGAAGGUGCGGACAAAGAGAAGUGUAUUGGGCAGACAGAACUCACUGCAGCGUAAAACAAGUGCGCCCCCUACCGUCCGAGUAUCUAACGCCAUGGGUGCUUCUCCCAGCUCUGUUUCAGUAUCCAUGGGGAAUUCAACACCAGAAAAAGAAUUUAAAAUCCUUCUAGAUCAACAGACCUAUGGUGCACCAAUUUCAAAAGAGGCAGAAUCUCCUCCGCACAUUGCCGUCCAGAACCCCAUUCUUUUGCAUAGUGUGCCAGAAGUUUGGGCUGCCUCCCCUCAUCUGCAGCAACAUCCCCAUUUUCUUACAGUGCAUCCACAUGUUCUUGCAGUUCCUGUGCCAUGUGCAAUGAUUUCCCAUAGGCCUUUAACCAAAAGCCGUUCAGCACCUUUUAUCCAGCAAAACACACACAUACACGGACGGAGUCUUACAUUUACGCAUCGUUCACACCAACCGCCCAACUCCUUGUCACAGGAGAGAAGUCAGCAACACACUCUUCCUAAAAAGGUGCUUGUUCGCAAAGUGUGGUCCGUGUCUCCUGAAGAGUUGCAUGAAAAGAAGAGCAUUGAGGAAGAGAAUGCAAAAGAGGCACAAUGUAGUCUGCUUGAAUCAUCAUUUCACAACAAUUGCUGUAAUCGACUGGAAGCACAGAGCCUCAGAGCCUCAGAGCACAGAGAACGUUAUAUCCAGCCAAACACAAUGACUCACCAGAACCUUAAGCGUGUUUAUUCCUCUCCAGGCUACUUCACUUAUGAAAGAACUCUGCCCUCAUGCUUACCCUCAUUUCUGUCCCGUCGGAGUAUCAGGAACAAACCAAACUGCACCACAGGCUUGGUGUAUAAUUCUCAGAUGCUGAAACAUGAGUUUUACUGUGAAGACAACAGCCAUCACCCUGAGCAUGCUGGCAGUAUUGAGAGUAUCUGGUCAAGAUUGCAAGAGUGUGGCCUCAGGAAUCAAUGUGAGAGGGUUAAGGGCAGAUUUGCCACUAUAAAUGAACUACAGUCAGUCCAUUCAGAGAAACAUGUUGUUAUUUUCACUGAGCUCUCAGAAACACAUUUGCCCGUCCACAGAGAUGUGUUUCGGACACAACCCUGUGGAGGAAUGGGGAGGGAUCUUGAUAUGGUAUGGAAUGGCAACUCCAGCAUAACAACACUUAAGAUGGCAGUUGGCAGUGUGAUUGAACUGGCCCUGCGUGUGGCUAAGGGAGAAUUAAGGAAUGGGUUUGCUGUGGUCAGCCCUCCAGGACAUCAUGCAUCACACUCUCAGGCACAUGGCUUUAGUAUCUUUAACUCGGUGGCCAUUGCUGCAAAACAGCUUCAGGACAGAUUGAACGUUAAAAGGAUCCUUAUAGUGGAUUGGGAUGUUCAUCAUGGUAAUGGAACUGAGAAAAUUUUUGACACAGAUCCUAGUGUCCUUUAUAUAUCUCUGCAUCGCUAUGACAUGGGCUCUUUCUUCCCUGGUACUGGAGGACCCCACACGGUAGGAUCUGAUGGAGGUGAAGGCUACAAUGUAAAUGUGGCCUGGUCAGGAGGGCUGAAUCCUCCAAUGGGAGAUGCAGAAUACCUAGCUGCUUUCAGAACAGUAGUUAUGCCAAUUGCUCAUGAGUUUUCUCCUGAUGUGGUCCUGGUUUCAGCUGGUUUUGAUGCUGCUGAGGGUCAUCUAGCUUCUCUGGGUGGAUACAAUGUCUCCGCUAAUUGUUUUGGAGUCCUGACCCGGAAGUUAAUGGAGUUGGCUGAAGGUCGUGUAGUGUUGGUGUUAGAGGGAGGUUAUGAUCUGUCAACUCUCUGUGAUGCAUCCCAGGCCUGUGUCAAUGCUCUUGUGGGAAAUGAGCCUGAACCUCUAGCUGUAGAAGAAUUACAGAGGAUACCCUGUCUUAAUGCAGUUGACUCUUUGAAGACAGUCCUGCAUGUACAGAGCCGGUACUGGAGUUCAGUGAGGGAUAUGCUAGACAAGGUAUCACUGCCAUAUUUAAAAGCAGAGAGGAGAUACUCAGCGGGCAGUGAGGCUGCUUCAGCCCUGAAUGGCCUCACUAUGACUGUUUCAAGCAGAAGCCAUUUCCCAAAUGAGCCAACGGAGGAUGAUGAAGAUGAUUUAAUGUAGGAGCCAGACAAUGUGUCUCCUCAUUCUACACUGGAAGUCUUCAUAUUCCUUUUUGAACAGAGAAUGGACACUCAGUGCUAUAGAGGCCUGAAGUUAAUAGCAUAAAUGCGGUGUUGUGUAUAGGACAGGAGACGAUCCAUAACAACUGUAGUCAAAGAAGUAGACAUAACUCACUCUUUGACAAACAACAGAGCUUCAAUGUCAUGUCACAUGUAAUCAAAUCUCUUGAGUUAUUAUGUUAGUCAAACGCUGAGUCAUUUUUGCUAAACAGACAGGAUUUUGCCGUUGGGCAAUUUCAAGCAAGGAUAUCAUGUAGAAAGGAAGUGAAAAUUUGUGAGCGGCAUUAAGUGAAAUGUUUUCUCCCACAGAGGUCUUUUCCAAACUGACAAUUAAAAAAAGAAGUACGUCUGUUACUCUGAGAUAAUGAUUUCUAUUCUAGCAGUCUUUGAAAGUAUUAAUCAUUCCUAGAUGCUUUAAAAUGUUCUUAAAAAUAUAUAUUAAGUUUUUGUUAAUUGCACUUUUUACAUUGUGGUUAUGCACAGUUUUAUUGUCAAAUAUUUGUAAUGAUUGUCCAUCCAGGCUUUCUUAAAUCAAAACAUGUUCUGAAACUGCUGUUGUUAAAAUAUUGAUGACUUUUCCUGAAAUAAUUAUUUAAGGAUGCUAUCAAUGCAAGUUAUUAAUCCUUUGAGCGCAAAGUACUUUGCACUCUGCUACAGUAUGUCAGUUUUAAAGGCCAGGAAGUCCUUGACUUAUAGUACUGGUUAAAAGUUUGGAAACAUUGUACUGAUUGCAUAUUUCUCUUGUUCUUGAAAACCAUUUGCACUUUCGUUGUGUCAAUGUAUACAUUUCUUUACUAAACAAGAAUUAAAAUGUAAGGAAAACAUAUAUUUUUAAAUGAAUGCGUUAGACCUAAAAAUAAAGGAUGAGCAGUCGACAAGUUUCCAGCAUACAUUGGAAAUGUUGUUUCAUAGUUUUGAUAACAUUUCAAUUUUGUAAAAUGUGGGAAAUAGUCAAGAAUAAAGAAUGAGUAGGCGUGUCCAAACUUUUUGUUACUGUAUCUUAGGUCACUCUCAUAAUAAGGUUUUUUUUCUUUUUUUUAAGGUUAAUUGUUGAGCUACAUAAACAGUUUAAAGCUAUUUUUUGUGUGUGUGCAAUGUUAUUAACAUACAAAUAAUUCCUCGUUUGUUACAUUUUUUAUAUUGUGUAUAUAUAUCAUUCAAAAGUUUUUAAAUGUUUUUACAUUGUCAGUUCCUUUUACUGUUCUCAGGAUUCAAAUA